GAGCCUGUGACAGUGUGGCUGAUGUGAUUAGGCCCUAUGAUGAUGUGCUCAGUGCACCCAAAGCAGGGAAUUGGGAGAGGGAGCUGUUUGUGUGCGGGGCAGGACGAGCUGCAGGCCGGCCCGGGCUCUCGCUCCCACCCGCACCGCGGCGGCGGCGACUCCCCCCCCUUCGGCCCUGUGUCCGGAACCACGCUCCUGCCGCUCCGCCCGGACCCCAUUGGCUGAGACACCCCAACCCCGUCGAGGCCGCUUCCGGCGGAGGGAACGCGAGGCCAUUGCGCACGCAGCGCCCCUGCUUCAUGCUCGGGCUAACCCGCGGCCGCCGCGAGACUUGCACAGCGGCGCGUGCCUGGAGCCCCGGGGAGCGGCGCGUGUCCGUCAGCUGCGCCCCGCCUUUCCCGUUGGCCGCGGGCGGGAUGCCGUGCGAGCCGCGGAGCCGCCUAGUGGCGGAGCUGCUGCUGCAGGCGGGUGAGGGGGCUGGCAGCAUCCUGUGCCUCUGUUCCCGGGCCUUUGUGGAGGAUCGAAAAUUAUACAAAUUAGGACUAAAGGGGUUUUAUGGUAAAGAGGACUAUGACAGUACAGGAGAGGAGCAAACAGAGGAAGAGAAGGAGGGGAAUCAUCAUCCCAAUGUGACAAAAAACUCAAACAACAAUCAUUCUUUGGGCCUGGAAGAGGAUGAACUGGACUCAGAGGCUGAACUCAUGAGGAGUAUGGGGUUACCACUUCAGUUUGGAGGACUUUCAGCUCACAAGGAAUUUGUGGCAUCAGAAAAUUCCAGAAAGAGAAAUAAGAUAGUGAAGAAGAAGAAAAAGAAGAAAAAGUUGCAGCAAAAGCACUUGAAUGAGGUCAUGCGGGAAACCUGGAAAGAAGAUUGUGAAGACCAUAACCAGUCUUUUUCAGAUGAUCCAGCUUUACAUACAGAACAAACUGAGGAGAAAAAAACAUGCCAGCUUCUGAAUGAGGACAAUUGUGAAAAUAGAGAUUGCCCUAUUAAUGAUGCUUUACCCAGUGAGCUGAAAGAGAAAUGGGAAAAAUAUUGGAGUGAGUAUGGAGAAGGUCUUCUGUGGCAAAGUUGGCUGGAGAAGCACAUGGAAGUAGAAUUGUCUGAGAAUGCACCUACUUCUGAGCCUUGGAACUCUCCUGACACCAAGGAAAGGUGGAAGCAGCAUUAUAGUGAAAUAUACUGGUAUUACUGGGAACAAUUUCAGUACUGGGCAAGUCAAGGAUGGACUGUUGACAGCCCACAUAAUGAUGGCACCGAAAUCAAUGCGUAUAAACUCGAAACAGGUCUGCUAGGAGAAGUAGACUGUGUUAAUACAGAGGCUAUAUCUCAUCAAGUGCUGGACUCAGAACUUUCUUCUUAUCCUCCCUUCAAAAUCAGUUGUAAAGAAAACCCUAGCUCAUGUGAUGAGCACCAUAAUGAAAUCCUCUCUGGGAUUAGUAAAAUAAAUCUGGAUUUGGAGGAAGUGGAGGAGAGCAUAUUAACCCUAACAGUAAUUUACGAUGGCCAUCAAAAUCUGAGUUCAACUAGUAGUACAAGGCAGUGCCCUUGUGUUUCCAGCCAGAAGGAAUCAUGCAAUGGAGGAACCACGAAAAGUUCAUCUUCUGAAAAUAAAAGCACAAACCAAUCAGAUUCACAGGAGCCAUCUAGACCAAAUUCAAAUGACAAAAGAGGAUCACACAACAAUGAUAAGAAGGAAGAUGAAGAAGAGGAAGAGCCACCUGAAUAUAAACAUGCGAAACUCAAGAGGAGCCAUGAACUGGAUGCAGAUGAAAAUCCUGUUGCAGCAGAUCCUGAGGAAACCUGUUCUCUUCUGGGAUUCAAGCAUGGUACAGGACAAAAAUAUGGGGGAAUUUCAAACUUCAGCUGCAGAAAGGUCCAGUAUCUGGAGAAAAAUGCAAAGCUCAAAUCCCAGUUCUUGGACAUGCGCAAACCAGUGAAGAGAGAAAACAAACACCUCUUCUUCACAGAAGAGUCAGAAAUGUCUUGCCAAAAAAGUAAAACUUUGAGUAAGGUAGAGAAGUUCCUAAAACAGGUUAGUGAACCUGUGGAGGAGACUAUGUCCCAGGAAUCCUUUACUCAGGAUAAGGUGCAGGGCUUCUCUACAAGCAGUGACUCAGAGGAACAGGAAAGUUCACAAAGUAAUAAUUUCAGUGCGAAAAAGCCGCUAUCUUCCAGAAUUGUUAGUUAUGAACUUGGAACAAAUAACCUUGAAGAAGAGGAGAAGGAAGCUGCAACAGCAAGUGGCUCUAUCUCUCAGAGCUCAGGAAGACAGGAAUGUCAUUCUGGACGACAGCUAGUUGCUCUGGAUAUUCCAGAUUAUCUUCAAGUAGAAACAGAAAGUGUGAGUCAAGUUGUAGCUGAAUCAACCGAAAGAAGAAAUACCCAAAAGAAGAAAAACAAGAAGAAAAAAAAAAACAGAACCACACCACCAUCUUUACCUGCUGAGAUUGCUGCUGAUCCUGAGCUGGCCAAAUACUGGGCACAGCGUUACAGACUGUUUUCUCGGUUUGAUGAGGGGAUUAAAUUAGAUAGAGAGGGUUGGUUUUCUGUUACACCUGAGAAGAUUGCUAAGCAUAUUGCAAGUCGCGUCAGGCAGUCCUUCAACUGUGAUAUAGUAGUGGAUGCGUUCUGUGGAGUUGGAGGAAAUGCUAUUCAGUUUGCCUUGGCAUCAAAAAGAGUGAUUGCGAUCGAUAUUGACCCUGUUAAGAUCAGUCUUGCCUGCAAUAAUGCAGAAGUGUAUGGAGUAGCUGAUCAGAUAGACUUCAUAUGUGGAGACUUCAUGCAGCUGGCUUCUCAUAUAAAAGCAGAUGUUGUGUUCCUCAGCCCUCCGUGGGGGGGUCCUGACUACGCCACGGCAGAAAUCUUUGAUGUUAGAACAAUGAUAUCGCCUGAUGGAUUUGAAAUUUUCAAGCUGUCCCAGAAGAUCACAAACAACAUUGUGUAUUUCCUGCCACGCAAUGCUGACAUUGACCAGGUUGCUUCCUUGGCUGGACCAGGAGGGCAAGUUGAAAUAGAACAAAAUUUUCUCAAUAAUAAGUUGAAGACAAUAACUGUUUAUUUUGGUGACCUAAUCAGACGAGAUGUAUCCUGAACUCAGUGCAUAUAUACCUAAGUAAGAAAUGGAUCACGGUGUUCUAGACUUCCUAAUAAUAUAGACUUGAUUUCCCUUUGUCUCUAAUUGAUGGCUUUGGUUAAAUUUCUUCUGUUUAAUUUUUUUCUCUUUCCUUUUUUUGUUUAGAGAAAUAUGUUUUCAUCCUGUUCAUUGCAAAUAUGUCAAAAUACUUUUAUAAUAAGA